AAACAAGCCGCUCUGCCUGUCCGGGUGUAAGCCCAGAUGGUCCGUAUAUAAAUACGCAGAGAAGCUGCCGGAUGAAAGGAGAGGGAGAACGCCAAUAGUUAUCAGUUAUAGCAGAGUUAGAUUUAGCCGAUUCAAGAGGCGAGAAGAUGGAAGCGGAGGCGACUCGGAUCUUGGUAGGGGUGAACGAGUCGUCGUUGAAGGGGUACCCGCACCCUUCGAUCAGCAGCCGCACCGCCUUCGAAUGGACGCUGGCCAAGAUCAUCCGUUCCAACACCGCCGGUUUCAAGCUCCUCUUCCUCCACGCCCAGAUCCCCGACGAAGACGGAUUUGAUGACAUGGACAGUAUCUAUGCAUCACCUGAAGAUUUCCAAAGCAUGAAGCAGAGGGACAAGAUAAGAGGACUUCAUUUGUUGGAGUACUUUGUUGGGCGCUGCCAUCAACUUGGGAUAUGCUGUGAAGCAUGGAUUAAGAAAGGUGAUCCCAAGGAAGUCAUGUGCAGUGAGGUGAAGAGGGUCAACCCAGAUAUUUUGGUUGUUGGAAGUCGAGGACUGGGACCUUUCCAGAGGGUUUUUGUGGGGACUGUGAGUGAAUUCUGUGUGAAGCAUGCAGAUUGUCCCGUUAUCACCAUUAAAAGGAAGGCUGACGAGGCUCCACAGGAUCCAGUUGACGAUUGACUUCCCCAUUAUGCAAACUUGAAAUCAAAACCUUUAUUUUCUCAAUAUCUCACUAUCAGAAAACAUCAAAUGGCACACAUUGAAAAACAGAACUAAAGUGGAGAGAAGUUUUGAUGGAUGAGAUGCAGUUAUAUAUGUAUGUAAUAUUGCAACAACAAACAGCGCAUGCUUUCUUAAAUUUCCUAUUGUCAUUUAUUCGUCUUAGCUCCA